UUUCUAGUUUUUUUCUUGAAGCCGACAAAAUGGUUCAACGUUUGACUUUAAGAAGACGUCUGUCCUACAACACCAAAUCCAACAGGAGACGUAUUGUCCGCACCCCUGGUGGUCGUUUGGUUUACCAAUACGUCAAGAAGAACAAGACUGUCCCAAAGUGCGGUCAAUGUAAGGAAAAGUUGAAGGGUAUCCGCCCCACUCGUCCCUGCGAACGUAGCCGUUUGUCCAAGCGCCAAAAGACUGUCGCCCGUACCUACGGUGGUGUUCUCUGUCAUGGCUGUUUGCGCGAACGUAUCGUUCGUGCUUUCCUCAUCGAGGAACAAAAGAUCGUCAAGGCUUUGAAGAGCCAACGUGAAAUGCUCGUCAAGCCUGUCAAACCCGUCAAGGUUGCCGAAAAGAAGCCCGCCAAGACUGCCUCCAAGGCUACCGGCAAAGCUGCCCCCAAGAAGCCCGCUCAAAAAGCUACCGGCAAAUCCAAGAAGUAAAUAAUUUAACAUCCAAAUUAGCUGCAGAGUGUUUUUGAGUGUUAAGUUAGUUCUUCCUAAGAUUUAAGUGACGUGUGU